GGAGUCUGAUCGUUAAGAGGUCUUAGAAAGGAGGCAUGAAGGGACACCUAUCCUCGCUGAUGUUCUCUGUCCUGUUUGCGGGGGGCUUGCUGACCACUCUAAUGUGGUACAAGCUGGACAAUAAAAACAUGAAAUAUCGCAGACACCUGCCCAAAAUGAAAAUUGCUCCUCGGUCUACUGAUUCCUGUAAAAACUGUGGAGAGAGUAUAAAGAAAGCUUUAGAGAUCUCCUUCAAACCCUGGAAAAAACAGGAGGACAACUUUAAAAAGUUUAGGUUUCAGCUUAGCAGCAAGUGCAAUGGCUUUGAUAAGGCUAUAAUUACCCAGACAAACACUCCUCUGGGAUCAAAGCUUGUUUAUGAUGGGCAAAAAAAGACCAGCCUCCAGGUGAAGCCAGAGAUCUUCAGCACCUUCCCAAAAGGGCAUCCUUUCUCAAAUAAAACAAAGCUCACUUGUGCUGUUGUAGGGAAUGGUGGAAUCCUGGCAAACAGUAGAUGUGGAAAAAUGAUUGAUUCAGCUGAGUUUGUCAUAAGGUGCAACUUACCUCCUGUUACAAACGGACAUGAAAAACACGUGGGUAGUAAGACAAACCUUGUGACAUCAAAUCCGAGCAUCCUGUUGGAUAAGUACAGGUCUCUAAUGGAACGGCGGCGUCCAUUAAUAGAGAAGCUAAGCAGCUAUGGCGACUCUAUGCUUCUUCUUCCUGCCUUUUCCUACAGUAUAAACACCCCUGUAUGUAUGAGGGCUCUCUAUACUGUCCAGGAUUUUGAAAGCCCCAUCCGGCCAGUCUUCCUUAACCCACAGUACCUCGAGAGUCUUGACCUUUUCUGGCGUUCUCAAGGUUGGAAGGCAUCCCGGCUCAGCACAGGAAUUAUGAUGACCAGCUUGGCACUGGAACUUUGUGACAAUGUGCAUCUUUUUGGAUUCUGGCCCUUCAGUGUUCACCCACACACCUUCCAGGACUUAACUCACCACUAUUAUGAUAACAAACCAGCGAAAUCAAAUUUCCAUGCAAUGCCUACUGAGUUCAACCUGUUGCUGCAACUGCACAGCCAGGGUGUGCUCCAGCUACACUUGGGAGACUGUGAGCCUGAUUAUUAUUAGUCACACAGAAAAUAGAUCCAUCUACCAAAAGUAAUGAUUUUCUUAUAAAGGAAAUCCAGCAUAGAGGUGAGCUGUCUCAGAUGUGUUUGUAAUGACCCAGCCAUG